AUGGAGGAGCCCACCAUGGAAACGGAGACUCAUCAUGCAGAGAGUGAAUACCCACAUUCACCAUGGGUGGAAAUGAGCACAUUUACUUCUCCCCAGCACUCGCCUCCCAUGCCAGAAUAUAGUGGGUUUGACUACGGUCAGCCGCAGCUUAUGGCCGUGGACUCGUAUGGCAUGUCAAUACCGCCACCCUAUGCCACUAUGCCGCUACCCAUGCCUUCGCAUUCUUGGCCCAGCAUGCUCACAACAAACUCGCCGUUUGCUGCGUCUGCGCUACCGGUUUCCACCCCGACCUCCGUAUCGCCUUCGGCUCCCAUGCCUCCAGUGCGAAAGACCUCGACUGGAGGCUCUACGCCGCGCAGGACACUUACCGACGAUGACCGCCGACAAAUGUGUAUAUAUCACGAGGAAAACAAGACGGCGAAGCAGACUGAUAUCGGAGCGCUGUUUGGAGUUGAGAGAAGCACUGUUUCCAAAGUCCUUCGCCAGAAGGACAAGUACCUAAACCCCGAAGACGGGAGCCGAUCUCCCAUCAAACGUGCCAAAGGCAGAGUCCCCGAUAUUGAGAAAGCUCUAUCCAACUGGGCAAGGAACUACCAGCGCCAGGGAUAUCCCCUGAGCGACGAAAUGAUCAAAGAGAAGGCACUCUUCUUCGCCAGCACCUGCGGCUGCCCCGAAGGCAAGGAAAAGGUCUGUACCACGGCCUGGCUAGAAAAAUUCAAGCAUAAGAACAAUCUGCUCGGCGCAAAGGUGCGCAGAGGAUCUACCGAAAUUCGCAGCGGAUCAAACAGCCCAACCCACCUCAACACAGACUUUGGAUCUGCUCUUCAAAGUCCCAGCGGACCCUCGCCCACCUCUCCAGUGGAUGGCUUCGGAUCCCCCUUGUCUCCCACAAGCCAAGAAGGAUUCAAACGGGACAUGGCCGAACUACCUGAUCUGACAGGGGGUUACCGACACGGAUAUUCCAAGAGUACAACCUCGAUCGACACUUCGGCGGGUAUGGUCAGCCCGACAUCCACUCUAGUCUCUGAGAGUCCUUUCACGCCAACAAGUCAAUCUCGUCUCCCAACUGCCAACAGCAACCAUAACCGACCACGCAGCCAGACCUUUCCGCUCGUCCCCAUCGAUCCAACACUCCUAUCCGCCGACGAAAUGAUGGACCCGCAGCGCCAAAAGCGCGAACUCCAGCAAUCUCUUUCGGUCUCCAUCUUGGAAUCACCAGUGGAAAUGGACGACCCAAAGGCCACCAUGUGUCCGAUCCACCAAACAAACGUCAUCAAGCGCAAUCGCAGCAACCCGGAAAUCAAGACCCAGUCCAUGCCGCCGCCUUCAAAGUCUACUACCAUCUCGCCAAUCAGCUCUCCGGGAUCACCGACGCAGGACGAGGCUCGUCGCGCCCUGGAACUCGUCAUCAACUACUUCGAUCAUCAGCCGGCCGGCCUCGCCGCACAGGAGUACAUGACCAUCGGAAAGCUAAUGGAAAGACUUGAGCUUGCCAAGAGCCAGGCUGGGUUUCUGUUGGGUGGCUUGCCGAGAAUUGACGAGCAUGAGGAUAUUCCUAUCCCGCGUGUGACGAAGAAGAGGAGCAUCCACAACUUGGGAUGA